CAGAAUUAUAAAGAAAUCUGAAAUUGAGCGCGCAGAUGUAAAAGCAUUAAACAACGCAACAUGAAUUACCAAUUUGACUCGGCUGCAUUAAAGUUGCAAGCGCUAUUAGCCGAAGGAUGUUUCGGCAGUUCCGUAGCGCUGUAUCGAUACUUCAAUCAAUUGUUCGUUAUCAAAAGUGUUCCUUACAACAGUCCCGAAUAUGCUUACCAAGCGGUGCUGAAGGAGCAUACCAUUUUAUCGCAACUCAAUCAUCCACGAAUCAUUCAAUACUUUGGGUAUUUCCAAACAGCAACCAGCUGGAAUAUAAUGUUGGAGUUUGCGGAGCGCGGCAAUUUGGCAACAUUCAUCGAAAGACGUGCUGCCGUCGGCGCCUUCCUGAAUCAGCACACCAUCACGGCCAAAUUUGGGGACAUCGCGGACGGACUUAUUUACUUGCACUGUAGAAAUGUAAUCCAUCGUGACCUGAAGCCCGCUAACGUGCUCAUUUGUGUCGACAACCGGCUGAAGCUAGCCGACUUUGGAAUGUCCAAAAUAAUGCACGAUGACGAUCUGAAUCGCACGAUCGUUGGAACGCCUCUGUACAUGGCUCCCGAGGUGGCCCGUGGCAAAGAUUAUGACUACAAAAGCGACGUGUGGGCCCUUGGGAUCAUCUUCUAUGAGUUGUGCAUGCUCGAGCAUCCGUUCAUGGAUUGCUUUGCCCAGGGUAGGAAGAAAAAGUUCCGGGUUCCACAGAUCGCGUACAGCCAACACGGUCUCUCACCAGAGAUGCAGAUGUUAUGUGAUAUGAUGAUACAAGUGGAUUCGAAAAAGCGUUGGACACUGGAAAACAUUCUCAAACAACAGCAUGUGCAGCAAUUACUGGACCGGAUCAAGUGAUCGCC